AACUCUUUUAACAACUCAGCUUUUAUUUUAUUUGCUUGAUAAUGAUGUCUAGAAGGUGGAACCUAGCUUUGGAAUCGUUGCGUCUUGUUCAUCGUGGUCAUAUACGAACCCUAGUUUCUGGUGCGCUAUGCAAUCGCACAGCCCCAGAAGAUGUUCCUUCAUCAUCGAGUCAUACUGUUGUGGAUGAGAGCUAUGUCCUGGCUGAACUAUCUUCAUUACUUCCGAUUUCAUGUAAAACCACAACCGCCAAGGAAGAUACUACUUGUUCAAAGAAUCAAGUAGCGGUUGAUUCGUUUUUAUCUCCCGAGGAGAGACUCAGAGGUGUGUUUCUUCAGAAACUGAAGGGAAGAUCUGCGAUACACAAGGCUUUGAGUAGUCUUGGUAUUGAUUUGAGUAUUGAGAUUGUGGCUAACGUUGUGGAUAGUGGGGGCUUAAGUGGUGAAGCAAUGGUUACGUUCUUCAACUGGGCGGUUCGUGAACCUGGAGUGUCUAAAGAUGUUAAUGAUAGCUACUACUAUGUGAUUCUAAGAGCGUUGGGAAGGAGAAAGUUGUUUUCUUUUAUGAUGGAUGUGUUACGGGAAAUGGUUAGCCCUGAUCUGAAGUGUUUGACUGUUGCCAUGGAUAGCUUUGCUAGGGCUCAUUAUGUGCGUAGAGCGAUACAGUUGUUUGAGGAAAGCGAAGAGUAUGGGGUGGAGUGUGGUACUGAGUCUCUGAAUGCACUCUUGGGUUGUCUCUGCGAGCGUUCACAUGUGAGUGCUGCUAACUCGGUGUUUAACGCGAAGAAAGGUGAGAUACCUUUUGAUUCUUGUACUUAUAACGUUAUGAUUGGUGGGUGGUCGAAGCUCGGUGAGGUUGAAGAGAUGGAGAAGGUUUUGAAGGAGAUGGUGGAAGUUGGGUUUGGUCCCGACUGUUUGUCUUUCAGCUACCUUAUCCAAGGGUUUGGAAGAGCUGGUCGUAUCAAUGAUUCUGUUGAGAUUUUUGAUGAUAUGAAGCACAAGGGUUGUGUUCCCGACGCAAAGGUGUACAGCGCUAUGAUCUGUAACUUCAUUUUCGCUCGAGAUUUUGAUGAAGCUAUGAGAUACUACCGAAGGAUGCUCGACGAGGAAUGUGAACCUGACUUGGAGACCUAUUCCAAGCUUGUUUUAGGCCUCAUCAAAGGCCGUAAAGUUGCAGAUGCGCUUGAGAUAUACGAAGAGAUGUUGUCAAGAAGGAUUGUUCCCACCACAGGGCUUGUUACCUCUUUCAUCAAGCCGCUUUGUAGCUAUGGUCCACCACACGCUGCCAUGGUUAUCUAUCAGAAAGCGAGAAAAGCUGGGUGUCGGAUAUCUGAGAGCGCAUAUAAGUUGUUGCUUAAGCGGCUAUCAAGAUUUGGGAAAUGUGGGAUACUGCUGAACGUGUGGGACGAAAUGCAGGAGUGUGGAUACUCUUCUGACGUGGAAGUCUACGAGUGUAUCGUGGACGGGCUCUGUAACAUUGGUCAUCUAGAGAAUGCUGUUCUUGUGAUGGAAGAAGCCAUGCGCAAAGGGUUUUGCCCAAACCGCCUUGUUUAUAGUAGGCUUAGCAAUAAACUCAUGGCUUCAAACAAAACGGAAAUGGCUUAUAAGCUGUUUCUAAAGAUCAAAGAGGCUCGUAUUAAAGACAACGCUCGCAGAUUCUGGCGAAGAAAUGGGUGGCACUUUUGA